CAUAUAUAGCCCUUUUUUACAAAGGAAAAUUUCUAUUUGUAUAUUGAAAUUAAUAUGCAACGCCAAGCCGCCUCCAUGAAGAGAAAUCUCUUCAAUCAGGACUAUCUAGAUGAACAAUUUAAUGAGCUAGAAGAACUGCAAGAUGAUGAUAACCCUAACUUCGUGGAGGAAGUUGUUAACCUUUUCUUCACGGAUUCAGUUAGAUUGAUUCGUAAUGUUGAUCUUGCUCUGGCAAAUGAACCUUACGAUUUUGGUAGGCUGGAUGAUUUGAUGCACCAAUUCAAGGGCAGCAGCUCAAGCAUUGGUGCCAAAAGAGUGAAAAGAGAGUGCUCUCAGUUCCAGGAGUAUUGCAAUGAGAGAAAUAUCGAUGGGUGCAAGAGGGCAUUCCAAGGGGUGAAACAAGAAUAUGCUACUCUAAAAACUAAGCUUGAUGCUUAUUUUCAGGUAGCAAGAGAAGCCUCUUGAAUAGUCCCAUCCAUGGAUUGCAUCAAGUAUCUGUCAAAGAGUAUAUUAUAUUAUAUACAUGUUAUAAUCAAAUAAAAUUAUGCAGGACAUUUCAAAAUGUUG